GUGAAAGUGAAAGUGCAUCAGGGCAUUUUCAGUGACUGGAGGGAGUUUUCUUGAUUCUGCAGCAGAUUGUGGGGCAGACAUGUCAGACGCGUCCACAUCCAGAGAUUAUCAUUCCAUUUCAGACAUGCCGCAGAUAUAUCCAGAGUCCUGGAGUAAGUUCUUUCUGGUCCUGACUGGAAACACGAACAACACUCAUGCAGACUUUGUAAAGAUGAUUAAAAACAACGGACACACUGAGGUCACUGCUCCUGAAGAAUGUGACUACUGUCUGCUCUUCUGUCCAAUCACUUCACAAGUUGGAACCGACGUGGGUUUGUCCCUCAGACACAUUCCUGAAAAUAAACCGACGAUCCUGGUGGUGAUGUAUCACACCUUUGAGUGUAACCACGUCGUACCUGACAGCAGGAGGCUGACGGACGACCCGCGCGUCCACCUCAAAGUGAACUGUCUGUUCUAUGAGCAGAGACUGCUGAAGUCUGACUGCAACGAUAUCGUGCAGUUUGAGAUCCGGAAGUUUCUUGGAUUUCCCCAGCAGGGCGCCGGGUCGUCCACCACCACGGUCAUCGACAGUAAACAUUGCCACGUACCUCCCCCACCCCCUCCGCGCCCCCUACCCCACCCCCUUUCACCCACUCCUCUCUCCCCGCCCCCCCCCUUCCCUUUCCAGCAGGGCAUCAAACCCUCCCUGCGAACGAUGUGGGGGUAG